AUGAUCACGCCAGGAUCUGCUAUUCGAAAGACCUUACAGAUUGUGAUACUUGGUGGUGACACGGAAGAGCUUUUGCUUUACCUCUCUUAUACUAUGGUCACCUUCACAUACAUGUUCAUAGGCAACUAUAUUGGACAACGGAUCAUAAUGACCACGUGUUCCUACAACGUCCAAUGGCAUAAGGCACUUUUGCACAUGCAGAAGAUCAUACUGUUUCUCCUGCAAAGAGGCAACAAGACUUUCAGCCUCAGCGUUGGUGGAUUAGUUACAGUGUCCUUGGAAACUUUUGUAUCGGUACAUUAUCGUCUCGAACAGUCAAUCCAGGUCAACGUACAACAUAAUAUUAACGUGGAAGACGUAAUUAUGAUAUAUAACAAAAUUGUUUGCGCCAUCAACAUUCAUCGUAAAGCUAUGAUGAUCUGCACUUUAAUGAUGAAGGAGUUUGAGGGAAUUUACUGCAUAAUAAUAGUGAUAUUAGUCUGUGGUAUGAGCCUAAAUCUAUAUCAAAUUUUUCAGAUUAUAUCGUUUGAGAAUGAUCGUGCGAAAAUCUUUAUGCAUUUCGGUUACGUGAUCGCUAUUCUUCUAUAUUUAUUCAUGAGCAACUACUCCGCACAACAAAUUACGGAUCAUAAUAACGAUGUAUAUGCCGCUGUAUACAACACUCGCUGGUACGUAGCACCAUUGCACAUACAGAAGCUAGUACUGUUACUACUGCAGAGAGGCAAUAAGCCGUUUUAUUUGACCAUCGGUAAAGUUUUCGUUGCAUCGUUAGAAGGUUUCGCCACGUUAACAAGUUUGUCCAUGUCUUACUUCACUGUCAUAUAUUCUACGCAACAAUGA